AACAUGCUCAAAUUUAUGUGAACACAUUUCCAUAGUACACAAUGUAGCGAUGAAAAAAGAAUGUAAGGACUUUGAUUCACUCCAAGAAUUUAAAAUAUGGAAAAGAAAUGUUGAAAAAGAAGAUCUGUCUUUCUUUGUUGUUCAAAGAGUGGUUGGAAAUAAAACAUAUUAUGCUUGUCAUCGGUCAGGUUCUUCCCGAAAAGAAGGUACAGGUAAGAGAAUGAAAUGGUCAGAAACUUGUAAAACUGGAAAAAUUUGUCCAGCUGGAAUGAUAUUAACAAAUAAUGAAGGUCAAGUGACAGUAGAAUUUAGAAGAACACAUGUAGGCCAUGCAUUAAACAUGAAAUUUUUAUAUCUGUCAAAAGAAGAAAGGGAUGAACUGGCUGGUAGAAUUAAAUCUGGAGUGACUUUUGAACGUAUUUUGGAUGAUAUUCGAAAAUCAGCAUCUACAGCAGAAAGUGUUGAUCGUUUCCAUGCUGUCGACAAACGAGACUUGCAUAAUAUUGUAAGAGAUUAUGAUUUAGACAGAGAUAUUGUACAUACAAAUGAUGCUUUUAGCACAGAAAUAUGGGUGCAAGAACAGAUGUUACUUAAGGAGAAAUCACCAAUAAUAUAUUUUAAAAACCAGGGAUGUGAAAAAGAAGGUCCACUACUGAAAGAAGAUUUUAUGAUUGUAAUUAUGACACUUUAUCAAAAAGAUGUUUUGGUAAAAUACGCGACCGAUCGAAUUUGCAUUGACAGCACCCAUGGAACAACCAGUCAUGACUUUCAGCUUACAACAUUGCUUACUGUUGAUGAAUUUGGAGCAGGUUGUCCAGUAGCAUUUUGUAUAAGUAAUAGAAUUGAUUCGGUGGCUAUGUCAAGAUUUUUUUUGUCUGUAAAAGAAAAAGUAGGUUUAAUUUCAACAAAAGUAUUAAUGUCUGAUGAUACUUCAACAUACAUAAACGCUUGGUCAAAUGUAAUGAUAGAACCACAACAUCAUUUGCUUUGUAACUGGCACGUAGAUAGAAGUUGGAGAAAAAAUCUCAAUAAGAUUAAAUCCCUUACUAAACAGUCAGAAGUAUACAAAGCUUGCCGUACAUUAAUGGAAAUUAUGGAUGUAGACCAGUUCCAAAAUUCUAUGGAAUGCUUUAUCGCAAUGCUUAAAGACGAUGACGAAACAAAAGAUUUUGGUAAUUAUUUUGAAAGUUAUUACUCUCAUAGACCCAAAGCAUGGGCAUUCUGUUAUAGACAUGAUUUAUCUUUGAACACAAAUAUGUAUUUGGAAGCGAUGCACAAGAAAAUAAAAUAUUGUUACAUGCAAGGCAAACAAAAUAGAAGAGUCGACAAAUGUAUUAGUUUGCUGAUGCGCUUCGCUAGGGAUAUGAUGUUUGAAAGGACAAUACGAAUGAUGAAAAAUAAACCUACAUAUCGGAUGGAACAAAUUGCACACAGUCAUCACCAAAGCGUACAUAUUGAAGACAGCAAAAUAACAAAUAUUAACACACACACGUGGCUCGUACAAUCGGCGACAUCAGAUAAAAGUCCAUACUCUGUUACAAUUAAUAACACAGAAAAUUGUAUAGGAUGUCCUUUGGCAUGUCCUAAUUGUCAUGUGUGUGUCCAUCAAUUUACAUGCACAUGUAUUGAUUACAAAAUCAAAGGAAACUUUUGUAAACAUGUACAUGCAUGCAUUCGAGUGUCCAAUAAAAAAUUUGAAAUUUCUAUUGACGAAGACCGAGAAACAUCAGCCUUUGAUGAGCAUAAUCGUAAUGUUGUUGAAGGAGUUCAAAUAAAUUCGGUACAUCCAAAUGAAUCUGUUUCAAUAUCAACUCGCUUUACAGCUCUACUUAAUGCAGCAGUAGGAGUGGCGAAUACUGCAACAGAUGAAGCCAAACUAAAAGGCAUUAAAAAACUUGAAGACCUUGUGCAAAUUUUACAACAGGGUCAAACAAAUCCAAUCAAUUCCGGUUCAUUUUUCCCAAAAGUAUCUAACUUGCCAAGCCACAAAAAUAUUGCGACACAACGUUUUCAUUCUACGAAAAAAAAACAUAAAGCAUCAACUAACAAAUUGACAAAACCAACAGAGGUACAAAAAUCCUCUAUUCUGGAAACGAUUAAUAGUGAAGAGCGAUCGAGCCAAACAAUACAUACUGACUUUGAUCAUGUUUAUUAUGAUGCCUCUUCAAAACCACAAUAACUUGUACUACAUAUACUUAUAUACUACAUACAUAUUAUAAGACAUAGAUGUAUUAAACAUCUUUAAUUUAUUAUUUACUAUACAUAAUUUAUUAAUAUUUUAUACUUUUUUAUACAAUUUUAAUAUUUUUAUUCUAACUUCUAAGUGAUAACUAUUUAAUAUGUGAUAAAUUGAUAAUAUCUGUAUUCUGUGAUAACAUUGUGAUAAGGUGCACGCAUGCGCAUAUUUACCUUGGAACUAGCUGCGGUGAUCCGCUCGU